CAACCAAAGCAAACGAAAUCAAACAUUUCAGAGAUAGCUCUCUAGUCAACUUUGAAUCUAGCUUUAUAUUUGUAAAUUCAAAAUGGGAGAUCCUCGUAAUCGUAUCUUAAAGGAUCUAAUAAACUCGUUCCACUAUCAUGAACAAUUCAAAAAGUUUCAUUUGCAAUGCCUUGAUUCUGAGAAAAGAGGAUUGCGGCAAAGUAUGGAAAACUGGGAAACGACACACAGAACUUUCGAACGCCUGGGAAAUGUGCAAGACUUACAUGCCUUAUGGAACGAACAUCAGCGAAAGCAAAAGAAAAUUCAGUCAACAAUUCAGACAUUUUUGGAUUUAAACCAGGACCUCAAAGGCAGUAGAUACUAUUUGGAGGCAACUAAAAUUAUUGAAGAGCAGAAGGACUUAAAGUGCUCAAAUACUGAGGAAAUGAAGGAUCAACCUGAUGAAGCUAACCCGAACGUAGAAGGUUCCGAAAAGGAAGUACAGGAGUUAGAUCCUGUGAAUGCUGAUCAGAACAUCACCAAAACUGAGUAGAAUUCUUUAUAUACGGACUACGAAGUAUUAUUAGCAGAUCAUUAAUAUAUAUAAAAUUAAUGCUAAAACUAUA